AUGGGAUAUGCAGCUGUAAGGAUAUCUGAUGAAAAGGUCUUCAAGGGACAAUGUUUACCUCAUUCGGCACAGGCUCCUGAAAUUGUAGUUGUAACAGUAGCAUUGGAAAAUAUGCCAACAGAUGAAACUGAGUCUAUUUUCACAGAUUCUGAAUGGGUCUUACGGGCUAUCAUAGAUUGGAUGCCUCAAUGGCAAAAGAGGGGCAUGAAAUCAGCAGAUAGUAAAUACAUUGCUCAUGCUGAAAAGUUGGUAAUAGUGGAUCCUUUUACUAAAUGGGUGGGAGGCAAUCCCCACAAGAAAUAA